CUGCCGGAAGUGACUGAAGGCAAAUCGGCGUUCGCCGAGCCUGGGAGAGUUUAGGGUAGCUGUGCUAGUUACUGCUGUAGGCUUGCAAGAUGCCAGGUCUGGCGGCCGCAAGCCCUGCCCCGGCUGAGUCACAGGAGAAGAAGCCGCUGAAGCCCUGCUGCGCCUGUCCGGAGACCAAGAAGGCGCGCGAUGCUUGCAUCAUUGAGAAAGGAGAAGAGCACUGUGGACACCUAAUUGAGGCCCACAAGGAAUGCAUGAGAGCCCUAGGAUUUAAGAUAUGAAAUGGUGGUUUACUCUGUGAAUGAAUAAUUCCUGAAGAAUGAAGAAGAUUCAAUAAUUUUGGGAAUUUGUGGAACUUUGAUAAAUGGAAAAAGUAUUUAUAACUUAUUUUUAGAAAAAGGGAAUUAUCUCUGGUCAGAAAUCUUCAAGUGUGUCUCUUUUUGUGUUCCUCACGUCCUCACAUGGCAUUUAUUUUUCUUAAAGGAUAUAGUAUAAAAAAACAUCCUGUAAUAUUAAUUUCUUAUGUUCUUGUGUCAUUCUGGGAACUCUAGAUUUUCGUUGUAACGAGAAAGCAGAUCCUGAUCUCAUUCAGUGAAACCUCCAAAAUGAGGUGCAUAGAAGUAAGGAAAUAACCCUUUACCAAUUCAGAAUGAGUACGGUACCCAUAUCAUCUCAUUCAACAUUUUGUUUUUUAUUUUUAACUUACUUAAAGGCAA